AUGAGGUUUCUAAUUGUGUGCGUUUUACUAAGCUGUGUGGCUGCUGUCGAUUGGUUUGGCAGAGAUCAAUCAUCUGCGGUUAGAGGACGAUUGAUCUGUGAUGGAAGGCCAGCCGUUGGAGUGAAAGUGAAGCUGUGGGACGUGGAUAGAACCGAUGCUGAUGAUCUCAUGGAUGAGAAAUAUACUGACGUAAACGGUGAAUUCCAUCUGGCUGGAUGGUCAAAAGAAUACACUACUAUUGACCCCAAACUCAGCAUCUACCACGAUUGCAAUGAUGGACUCAAGCCCUGCCAACGAAAGUUCUCGAUUCUGAUCCCAGACAGCUACGUUAGUCACGGAAAAAUACCGAAGAGGGUCUAUGAUGCUGGUACCAUUCAACUGGCCGGUUCGUUCCCCGGUGAAAGCAGAGAUUGUAUUAAUUAAGCAUUUUACCCAACAACUUACUUGAAACCUCUUUUAGUUCGUUUGGAACUGAUAGUUGUCAUCUCAGGCAUAGCCAUCACAUGUAUAUUUGCGAAUUUAUAUAUUGUACCAUAUCAUUUGUAAUAAAUUUUUAAAAUGCUAUAC